AUGGAAGAUACUUAGUCAUUAAAAAUAUCAUAUUCAACUGAUUUUUGUUAUAAAGAUAAUGAUUUUAGUAAUCCUAUAUGUAUUACAAGUUCUUUUGAUUGUCAAGUAUUACUUUGGUAAUUAGAGAAUCCGCAUCCUAUUCGUACUAAAUAUAUGCCUAAUUAACUUGUUUGUCCUCCUAAUAUUUACAGUGUUUAUGGAUAUAAAAGUUAGAUUUUAGUAAGUACAGAAACUGGGCAUAUUCUCUGUUUUGGGUAAAAAGAUAUUAAAAAACCUAAGUAUAUUAUUGAUGGACAUUUAGGAAAAGUUAUGAGGAGUGUUUUUGCGAAAUUUAAUGAAAAGUAUAUACUUUCUUGCUCUACUGAUAAAACUUUUGCAGUAUGGAAUCAUCAUUAAAGAAAUGAAUUGGGUUAAGCAUCUUUUGUUUCUAAAUUCGAUAUUGGUACUAAACCUAAUUGGAUUGAAAGCUCAAUAAAUAAUUAAAUUUUUAUUGGUGAUAUUACUCCCAAUUUAAAUUUAUGA